AUGUUGUUUCCACUCUUUUUAGCCCUUGUUAUCUUCAUUAUUCUCAGUUUCCUUCUUGCUAAAGCCAAAAGGAAUGGAAAUAACAUUCUACCACCAGGACCUUUAGGGUUGCCAUUUAUUGGAAAUUUGCAUCAAUUUGAUGGUUUAACCCCUCAUCUCUAUUUUUGGAAACUUUCCAAGAAAUAUGGGAAAAUAUUCUCAUUGAAAUUUGGUUCUACUCCAGUAGUUGUAAUUUCUUCAGCAAAAUUAGCAAAAGAAGUAAUGAAAACACAAGAUUUAGCAUUUUGUAGUAGACCUUCUACUCUCUGCCAGCAAAAAUAUUCUUACAAUGCUCAAGAUAUUGCCGCGUCACCUUACAAUGACAAUUGGAAAGAACUUAGAAAAAUAUGUGUUGGUCAUUUAUUUAGUCCAAAAAGAGUACAAUCUUUUAUCCCAAUUCGUGAAGAUGAAGUAUCAAGAAUGAUCAAGGAAAUAUCUCAACAAGCUGUCACUUCCCGAAUUACCAAUUUGAGUAGUAUAUUGAUUUCACUAACGACUACAAUUAUUUGUAGAGUUGCUUUUGGUAUUAGGUAUGAUGAAGAAACACAUGAAAGGAGGAAUUGUAAUGAACUUUUAAAAGUGACUGAAGAAAUGUUGGUAAGCUUUUUUGUCUCUGAUUUUUUCCCUCUCUUAGGAUGGAUCGAUAAUCUCUCCAAAAAAAUAAAUAUACUUGAGAAGAAUUUUAAGGAUUUGGAUGAGUUUUAUGAAGGACUCAUUGAGCAGCAUCUUAGUCCCAAUAGGCCAAAAUCCAUGGAAGAAGGAGAUAUUAUUGAUCUUUUACUCCAAUUGAAGAAAGAGAAGUCAACUCCAAUCGAUCUUACUUUGGACAACAUAAAGGCUAUCAUUAUGAAUAUGCUAGUUGGUGGAACGAACACUAGUGCAGCUACAAUAAUUUGGGCAAUGACAGCCUUGAUAGCGAACCCAAAUGCCAUGAAGAAAGUUCAAGCAGAAAUUAGAGAAUCAGUUGGGAAAAAGUCCAUAGUGAAUGAGGAUGAUGUCCAAACUCUUCCAUAUUUCAAAGCAGUGAUAAAAGAGACACUUAGAUUGUAUCCACCGGCUCCAUUGUUAGUACCAAGAGAGACAAUGAAAAAUUCCAUACUAGAAGGAUAUGAAAUUAAACCAAAAACUAUAAUUUAUGUUAACGCUUGGGCAAUUGCAAGAGAUCCUGAAAUAUGGGAAAAUCCAGAAGAAUUUAUACCUGAGAGGUUUCUGAAUAGUGAUAUUGAUUAUAUUGAUUUUAAGGGCCAAAAUUUUGAGUUGAUUCCAUUUGGAGCAGGCAGAAGAGGGUGCCCAGCUAUGGCACUCGGUGUGGCAAAUGUGGAACUUGUACUUUCUAAUCUCCUUUACGCUUUUGAUUGGGAGUUGCCUUGUGGAAUGAAAAGAGAAGACAUUGACACUAAUGUUCUGCCAGGACUUACUAUGCAUAAGAAAAAACCUUUGUGCCUUGUUCCUCAAAAUUAUCUCUAGAAAUUAAACAAGAUCAAACUCCAAUGUUUAAAUUAUUUAAAUAUGUAUGUA